AUGUCGCUCACAGACAAGGACCUUCGCUCCACUCCAGCGAUCCAUGAUAUCCCCCUCGAUGACUUGGAGUCUGGCCCCUAUAGUGGCAAGCCAGGCUUCAACUGGACCAAUUUGUCCGACUUCACACCUGCAAAUAUGCUUGCACGUCCCGAUCGACUGUCGUCACAAGCGAGACACAUCUCCGAUCAUUGGCAGGUCUAUCUGUAUCGGUGGUUAAGAAAGUUGGGGAUCGCUCUGACGCCAAGCUAUCUACAACACUGGGUGGGAGGAGAGCCUCCCCAGCUCACAAAACUCCAUGCGAUUGCGGCGCUGGAUGGUUUACGAGGCUGGGCCUGUCUACUAGUCUUCAACUUUCAUUUUCUCUUCACUUACACAUGGAAGGUCGCGGUGGGGUGGGGCUUCAAUGGUGAGAACUAUGGCAUCCUGCAUCUGCCCAUCAUCCACCUCUUGGUCUCCGGUCACAUAAUGGUGGCUAUCUUCUUCGUCAUCUCAGGGUAUGUGCUCUCCUACAAGCCUCUGAAGAUGAUCCGCACUCGGUCAUGGGACCAGACUCUGACCGUGCUCGCGUCCUCGACCUUCCGCCGCGGCUUCCGUCUGUACAUACCCUCCAUUGUCGGCAUCUUUCUGGUCUUCGUUGCUGUGCGCCUCGGCGUCUUCAACUACUCGCACCGCGUCGUCAAUCAAGGAGACACGAUUCUCGGCACCAACGAGCAGCACCCGCCUCUCAUGAAGUCGUUCACUAAACAAUUCGGGGACUGGUACCGCACUGUGGCGCAUCUGAUCGACCCCUGGAACUGGGCGCUUUACUACAACUACUACAACCCGCAUCUGUGGACUAUCCCCGUGGAGUUCCGAUGCUCCAUUGUGCUCUUCCUCACCAUCAUUGCGACCUCGCGCGUCACCGCUUUUGCCCGCCUGACCCUCGUCAGCGGCUUAAUCUGGUUCUGCAUGCGCUGGGGCCGGUGGGACGUCGUCCUCUUCCUCUUCGGCAUGCUCAUGGCGGAAGCCGACCUCCUCAACGGCACAUGGGAGCGCCCCGUUGGCGACGAGAAACCCGCACCCCGUGCCCAAUGCCUGGCCUCCCGCCUCUCGAGCCGAAAACUCUGGAUCGCCCUCUUCGUCUUCGGCCUCUACCUCGGCUCCGCGCCAAACACGGGCUACAAAUGGACCCCCUUCUACAUGUGGACCUGGAAGAUCACCCCACGCACCUAUCCGGAGCCGCACCGGUUCCCCCAGACGCUCGGCGCAGUCCUCAUCGUCUACAGCAUCAACCACUCCAAGGACAUCCAGAAGCUCUUCGUCAACCGCCUGUCGCAGUACCUCGGCAAGAUCUCCUACGCCUUCUACAUCGUCCACGGGCCCAUCCUGCACUCGCUCGGCUACUCGCUCAUGCCCAAUAUCUGGAGCAUCACCGGCAAGAACACGGAUUUCCGGUACUGUCUGGGAUUCUUCAUCGGCUGGCUCAUCUGUCUGCCGGUCUCGCUCUGGGCCGGCGACGUCUUCUGGCGCGCCGUCGAUAUCCCCAGCGUCAAAUUCGCCCGCUGGCUGGAAGAUAAACUCGCCGUGAAGAUGGGGCGGCAGAGCCAGACUCCCAGUUCACAUAUCCAUUGA